AGCAAAACCCAAAACCUGAGAAAAUUUGCUCUGCCGCAUAAACGAUGUUAGUGACAAGGGACUAUUGAAUCAAAUCUCAGUUUUGUUCUUAGCUUAAUUUGUUUAAAUUUCAAAUCGCGACCCAUUUUGUUUCUGGACCUUUGUUCGUCUGUUUAUUCUGAGCAUGAAAAAGGGUUUUAGGGUUUAAGCACAAUGUGAUUCGUGAUUUUGGUUGCUUUGUCGCAGAUUUCCAGUGAUGGGUUUUAGAUCGGUUUAUCAAUCUCUCACGGAGUUAUUUCCACAGAUUGAUCCAAAGAUUCUAAGAGGUGUUGCAAUUGAGCACCAACAUGAUGCUGAUGAAGCUGCCUCUGUUGUUAUCUCUGAGAUUUUCCCUUUCUCUUCCCCAAAUUCCACUCAACCUCACAACAAGAACAAGACCAAGGUUUCCGACAAUCCCCCUAACUUGAAAGUAAAAUGUGACGAUGGGAGUUUGUCUCUGUCUCAAUGGCUUCAACCAUCUAAGCUUCCACAUAGUUACCUUGCUUUGCUCAACGAAGAUUCUACACCUGAUGUUAAACCUCCUCUCGAUUACGUCGUGGAGAAAGUUGUUCUGCCAAGUCGUGGCCCUGCAACUGGUCUAGGAGGAGGGAUCCGAACCAUGUACUCUUCUGACAACAUUGGUGGUUCUUCCUUGGUGAAACCCUCUAUUCGUGUACAAAGCCGCACCAACAAUGAACUCUCUGGAAGCAGCAGUAAGGUUCCUGGACGUAGACGAUCCUCUCGCAAGUCUGUGCAGCCUUGGUCCCCAGACUACUCUGAGAAGCUUAGAAGUUGGAAAAAACGGAGCAACAACAACAACCGUGACUUCUCACAGCUCUUUGACAAUGACAUAGAUGUACCCUCGACACGAUCCAACAAAUGUUAUACCAAUGAGCGUGAGCGCAAGCAGAGAAUUGCCGAUAACAUCAAGGCAUUAGGGAAAUUGCUCCCACAUAAAGUUGAGGGGGAUAACCAUGAAUUGACACUGAAUGCCAUGGUUGAUCAUGUUAAGCUUCUGCAUCUACAGAUGAAGGAAUUAAGUCGAAGCAGGUUGGGAGGAGAACCAAUAUCUCAUCCUAUGGCAUUCAUUGAGGGAUACGGUCACUACAUACAUCACGAGCAGACGAUGGCAAAAUCUCUGGAGGAAGUAAUGGAAGAUCUGCUUACAAAGGACUUUGAUGCUGCGGCUAACUUGUUGGAGAGCAAAGGCCUUUACUUAACGCCUUUGUCCUCUGUCCAAGGCUCCUGCUGACUCCUCUCACAAUCUCAAACACAUGGAAUCAAAAACAAAGUAAAAAAAAACUUUUGACCACUCUUCUGUUUAGUAUAACAAACUAGGAGAUGGAAUAUUUUGUCUAAUCAAACUCUUAUCUUGUGAGUUCUUCCAAUGUCUGAUCAUGAAGAAAUGUAUGCAUUCUAUGAAGAAAGAAUUAUUUUUGUCAAAAUAAACGAAAU